ACAUCUGCCUUUUGUCAAUGUCAAAUCUUAAGUUUAUGUCAUGUUCAUAUAAUAAGAUUCAUAUCAUAUAUUAGCCGGGUCUUAUCAAACCCCGACAUUGGCAGAAUCAUCAACACCUUGAUGGAGCCAUAACACGAAAAAUUGAUUGAAAUAACUGGACUAAAUAUAAUAUUAAUUAAUAAAUGUACGAACCCGAGAAAUGCAACUGGUGACUAAAUCCAAUAUUUAUUGAAUCAUCUUUCAGUUCUCAGUCAUUGAACAUGUCACUUUGGUCAUGGGGUGCCAACUCCCAUGGUCAAUUAAGCAUCGGUGAAAACAACGAACAAGUUAAAACUCCUACCAAAGUAGUUUAUGAAUGUUGUAACAGUCAUGGAGUGCAACAAGUUGCUUGUGGAGGUGGUCAUAGUCUUCUACUAGACAGAGACGGUAAACUGUUUUCUUGUGGCUGGAAUAUAAAAUUGCAACUUGGAAAAGAAAAUGAAACUGACAUGUUUGAGAGGGUGUGGAAACUAAGUGGCAUUAAAUUCACUAACAUUGUAUGUGGCUGGGACUUCAGUUGUGCUGUAACUGAUGACAAUUUCCUGUUUGUAUGGGGCUCAAACAGUAAUGGGCAACUUGGAUUACCAAAAGAACACUUUACAGAUGUAGUGAAACCCAUUAGGCUACAAGUUAAUGCAUGUUCCGUAGCCAUGGGAUUGAGGCACACAGCUAUUGUCAACUCCAAAGGUGAAGUGUGGAUUACAGGAUGUGGGAAACAUGGACAACUUGGUUUAGGUGAAGAAACUUUACAAUCUGACAGAUUCCAAAAUGUACAAAAAGUGGGAAAAGUAACUCACAUUGCUUGUGGACAAAACCAUACAGCUGCAUGGUGUACAGAAGAAAAAGCUUUAUAUGUUUGGGGGGACAAUAAGCAUGGACAACUGCUACUCAGUCCUGACAAGUAUAAAAAAAUUUACACUCCACAGAAAAUUGAUAUUGAUGUUAAACAAGGAAUUCGGAAGCUUCUAAGUGGCUGGACUAACAUGUUACUGUGGCUUGAGAAUGGAACAUUACUUUGCUGGGGACGGAACAGUUAUGGACAACUAGGGACUGAGCAGCCUUUUGUGGGAAAAAUCAUCAAGGUUAAUUUGCCAGAUAACAGAGUGGUCCAAGAUAUAGCACUUGGAUCAGAACAUACAAUCUGUUUGGCUACAGACAACACCCUAUGGGCCUGGGGUUGGAAUGAACAUGCCAACACAGGCACUGACUCAGGGGAACAUGUGUUUCAGCCGACACAGAUCCUUUUAAAUAUGAGACCUGGUGAAAAAAUCACACAGAUAUAUGCUGGAGGAGCUCACAAUUUCAUAUACAUUGAAGAUACUAAACAAGAAGUGGAACAAAUUACUGAAAAAUAAUUAAUUGUGAUUAAACUUACACAAACUUUCUAGUCAUACUUUACAUGUAUUACUUAUUUUGAUUUUCAUGGUGCUUAACCAGUUUUAAUUAUUCAUAAGUGUUAUAAUAAUGAUGUCACUUUAUUAAAACUUCACAAAAUAUCAUGAUUAAAAUAGAAAAAUGCUAAAGUUGAGAAUGAGAUAUUAAUUGUGUAUUGUUAUCUAAGGGCCCUUGUUGGCUGGAAAUCAUUUUUUCUAUUAUUUUUUCUCUAUGACAAUAAUAAAACAUUGUUUACAAAA